AUGUUUUUACGGAGUCAGAAAACUUCGGAUGAGUACCAAGAGGCCGUGCAUACUUCUCGAUCUGCGGAAUCCGUUCUCGGGGAUGGAAGUCUCGCUCAACGUAGUAAAGCCGGCGGAUCAAGACCAGCGGAAAUCAUUCUAGAGGAUGAAAAUCUCGCUCAGGAGAAUACAGGAGAAACUCGUGUGGCAGCAUCAAAAGGUUUACAAUUUUCUUCAAGAGAAGGAACAGGUGGUUCCAGAAACACAACAGUGAAUCCAGUAUCGCUCAAUCCCGUUUACUCAAGUCAACAACCCGUUGUUAACCCAGUUGAAACCGCAAGCUCUUCAUUUGGACAGUGGGCAAAUCUUCCAAACAACUGUUUGCGCCCUGAAGAACUUUCUUCAAUGCUGCCGACUUUUUCUGGUCAAUAUCAAGAGGAUGUGAACCAUUUCCUGAAAAUAUUGGCUAACACAAAACAAGCGCUCAAUUUUAACGAUCAAACAAUGAAAAUGGUAUUAUUCAAGCUGCUAAAAGGAAAGGCUCCACACUGGCUACAUUCAAAUGCAGACUUUAUGCUGAAAAGUUAUGAUGAAUUAACAACCAACUUACAAGCUAUGUUCACAAUCAACAUCAACGCAUAUCAAUUGAGGAACCAACUUGCUAGACGGACCUGGUCGGGACAAGAAUCGUUUGAGGAAUACUAUCAAGCAAAACUUUCACUAGCACAAAAACUGAACUUACCGGAGAAAGAGUUUAUUGAAUAUUUGGUGGAAGGUAUUGAAGAUCAAGUAUUUCGAAAUCAGGCAAGAAUCCAAAAUUUCAAAUUUAUUCAUGAGAUGGUACAAGUGUUCCGGCUGAUAAGAUUCGAUCCGAUGCCAGUUAGGAGGAAGGUGAAUCUUUGCUUUUCGUGCAAUCAACCUGGACAUUUUGCGGCAAACUGCAGAGCUGAACGAGGAACUGAUUUCAACCGAUUGCAGUAUAGAAAUCCCGAAAGGAAAUUUGGAGCACCAAAACAAAAACCUAAUGACAGGACAGUAUACGUUGUAGAGGACAAUAAUGACGAACAGUAUUGAUUUUUAUGUUGUUCCGGAUAAUGUACUAAGCCUCAUUGAUGCAAUCAUUGGCCGAGAUGUCAUCAUGCAACCUAAUAUUCGAACAAUAAUUGAUAAUGAUAUCAAAACAUAUUCUGUAGAUUCUGA